ACCCAAUCAAAUCCAUUCUCUGUAUUUUCCCUCUUCUCUUCACUCUCACAUACUUCUUAUCUAUCCUUUCUUCCAUUCAUCCAUCCAUUCCCUCAACUCACACUCCCCAAUCCAAUACUUUUACUCCCUUCCAACUCCUCCGUACAAUCCAUUUCAAUUUAUACAUACAUUUCUUUUAAAUGGCCACCCACACUCUGCAAUCCCUCCACCACCACUCCUCCAUCCGGCCGCGCGUGGACCCACGCGCCCCCACCCCCACCUCAUUCCCCGCCACUCUAUUCCUCCAAACAAACAACCCCGUCAUCUCCAUUUCCUCAAAUUCCAUCUCCACAACCCCUUUCCCCUCCUCCGCCGCCACCUCUGUUUCGGAAACCUCAACCACAAACACCUUCGAGACCCUCGAAACCCACCUCAAAAACCAAGAUUUCCGGCAAGCAGACGAGGAGACGCGCCGCCUGAUCAUCGAACUCGCCGGCGACGCCGCCAUCAAGCGAGGCUACGUCUUCUUCUCUGAAGUUCAGUUCAUCCCCGCCGCUGAUUUAAAAACCAUAGACUCUCUAUGGAAACAACACAGCAACAACAAGUUCGGAUACAGUGUGCAAAAAAAGAUAUGGCGGAAAUGCAGCAAGGAUUUCACAAAGUUCUUCAUCAAAGUUGGGUGGAUGAAGCUUCUAGAUACAGAAGUUGUGCAGUAUAAUUAUAAGGCUUUUCCUAAUGAGUUUAUGUGGGAAAUGACUGAUGAUUCACCGCCUGAAGGACAUUUACCAUUGACGAAUGCUCUGAGAGGUACCCAGUUGCUGAAUUAUAUUUUUAUUCAUCCGGCUUUCGAAACCGGCGAUGAGAGUGAUGAUGAAGGUGAUGAUUUUGGUGGCAGUGGUGCUGGGGUUUUUACAAAGCCUUUGAGUAAUACUACAGGGUUUAAGACGGAUUAUAGCUUCUGAUUCUAAUGUAUUUUUUCCCUUUUUUGAAGUGUACUAAUGUAAUAAUUUAUGUUUGUGAGAUUGAGUACUUGAUUUUAAUAACAUGUAAGUCAUAUAUUUGUGGAAUUAUCAUAAAUUUAAUAUCAAAUGGUUAUCUUCGAUGUA